UUCUCUUCAGUGACAGGAUUAUCUUCACAGCGCUUUAACACACCGCCAAGCAGGAGAUCAAAUGUCGGGAAAGGUUCUGUUCACAAUUACAAUGUAAUAGUUAAUUGUAAUAAGAAAAACAGCUUUACCUAUACAACGGAAGGUAUUUCCCAGAAGCGACAACUCGUCAUCAAUAAUUCUCAGACCAUGAACUACGUGGGCCAGUUGGCAGGCCAGGUGUUUGUGCAGGUGAAGGAGCUGUACCGGGGCCUGAACCCGGCCACCCUGUCGGGCUGCAUCGAUGUCAUCGUGGUGCGUCAGCCCGACGGCACCCUGCAGUGCUCGCCCUUCCACGUCCGCUUCGGCAAGAUGGGCGUGCUGCGCUCCCGAGAGAAAGUGGUGGACAUAGAGAUCAAUGGAGAGCCUGUGAGUCUACAAAUGAAGCUGGGGGACAACGGAGAGGCCUUUUUCGUCAAGGAGACAGAGAACACACUGGAAGUGAUUCCGUCCUACCUGGCGACGUCACCCAUUGUGUCCCAGGGGGCGGAGCUAAUGGAAGCCCAGCUGGGGAGGGGCAUGUCUCGCCUCUCUGACCCCGCCUCCCUCUCGGUCCAGACCCUGGGCUUCCAGCAGACCACAGGAGGAGGAGGGAUGAUGACGAUUAAGAAGAGGAGGAAGAGGAGGAGGAAGGAGCGGGAGAGCGGAGGAGGGAGGCGGGAGGAGAGUGGGGAGUACUCAGAGGACGAGGACAUGUUCACCAUCGACAUGAGCACUGAUGAGGAGAGAGAGCAGGACAACACCACCAGCAGGACCUCUACUCCGGAGUUCUAUGGAGAGCAGGGGCCUAAGGACAGUGUGUUGAGCAGCACCUACACCCAGAACAAAACAUACACACGCCCUGACGCAGACUGGGCACACUCGCAGAGUGCUCUGAUAGAGCAUACUCUGUCUAUCCCUCCUAGCGGUGGUCUGUCCAUCUCCUGUCCACAGCAGACUUCUCUCUUCCCUUCUCCGAUCAGCAGCCCAGGCGGCUCCAGCCCCUCCACUCCUAAGAGUGACUCAGAGCUGACCAAUCAGAGCAAAGACAACCCUGAGAUGCUGUGGGCCUGGGGAGAGCUGCCACAUGCUGCCAAGCCCUCCUUCUUCCCUCCGUUCCAGAUGCAAGAUUCUUUGAUGAUGUCCCCUGUCACCAUCCCUGUGUGUGACAGCACACACUUCAGGACCAUCACUGGAGACGGUGUCCCCUCUGAUCAGAUCCAGACCCAGAGCCACACAGACAGCAGCCCCCCGUCCCUCACCCUGUACGUUCCCCAGCCUGGGGACAACACUACUGGGUCUGUGGCUAGGCCUGAGUCUGGGGCCAGGUCUGGUUUUGGGGCUGGGGCUGGAGGAGACAUGGAGGUAGUAUGGGCAGCCUGUAGAGAGGUGGAGGGGGAGGGGCUGGUGGCCUCCAGGUUGCUGUCAGAACUGGAUGAGGGGGGCCACAGGGACAACACGGUCAGACACACAGACUCCCCAUCUAAGAGGAAAGACAAGAGGAGCCACCACCUGGGCUCUGAUGGAAUCUACCUGGAUGACAUCACUGAGCUGGAGCCAGAUGUGGCCGCUCUCUACUUCCCCAAAAGUGACGGGGGCGGUUCGGUAAGAGUGGGUGCGGAGACGGGGGUGCGGAGCGCCAACCAAUCCCCUCAGUCGGUGGGCAGCAGUGAGAUGGACAGCGGCGUGGACAGCUACUCUGACCAGCUGGGAGACAUACCCAACAUCACCAUCUCCCUGUGUGGAGGUCUCACUGACAACAGAGAGAUCACAAGAGAACAGUUUGAGGAGAGAGCCAUCUCUUACCAGCAGUUCACGGAAAACCCCUCCAUCAUCGACGAUCCCAACCUGGUGGUCAAGAUAGGAACCAAGUACUAUAACUGGACCACUGCAGCCCCUCUGAUGCUGGCUAUGCAGGUGUAUCAGAAGCCCCUGCCAUUGGCCGCAGUGGAGAACAUCAUGAAGGAGAAGAUGCCCAAGAAAGGAGGCCGCUGGUGGUUCUCAUGGCGCAGCAGGAACAGCGAUUCCAAAUCGGACUCAGUGUCUGAGACAGGACUUGGAGAUGAGGGAGAGGCCUCGCUCAGCAUGGCUCCAGUCAAUGGAAUGAAGGAGGAGUCUUCCUCCAGCGAUGAGGACCACAGAUUGUCCAAUCAGGGCUCAGAAUCCUGCAAGGCCGAGCCCCUUCUCACACCCGGUAGUGUGUGCUACAGGAAGACCCUCAGACUGACCCCAGAGCAGCUGGCCAGUCUGCAGUUAAAGGAGGGUCCUAAUGAGGUGGUGUUCAGUGUGACCACUCAGUACCAGGGCACCUGCCGCUGCCAGGGCACCAUCUACCUCUGGAGCUGGGACGACAAGAUCAUCAUCUCAGACAUUGACGGCACCAUCACCAGGUCGGACACCCUGGGCCACAUUCUGCCCACGCUGGGUAAAGACUGGACCCACCAGGGCAUUGCCCGCCUCUACCACCGAGUCAGCCAGAAUGGUUAUAAGUUUAUGUACUGCUCAGCGAGGGCCAUAGGUAUGGCUGAUAUGACGAGGGGGUAUCUACACUGGGUCAACGAGAGAGGAACCAUGCUGCCUAUAGGACCUGUCCUACUCAGCCCCAGCAGUCUGUUCUCAGCUCUGCACAGGGAGGUGAUAGAGAAGAAGCCUGAGAGGUUUAAGAUCCAGUGUCUGACCGACAUCAAGCAGCUGUUCUACGCCAACACUGAGCCUUUCUACGCAGCCUUUGGCAACAGAGCCACGGAUGUGUAUUCCUAUAAGGAGGUGGGGGUUCCCCUAAACAGGAUCUUCACAGUCAACCCCAAGGGAGAGCUGAUACAGGAACACGCUAAGACCAACAUCUCAUCGUAUGGUGGUCUGUGUGAGGUGGUAGACCACGUCUUCCCCCUGUUGAUCAGAGGCCACGUCUCUGACUUCUCCUGCCCUGACACCUUCAGCCAGUUCACCUACUGGAGAGAACAACUGCCCCAGGUCCACAGCCCCAACCAGCCCCAGGUCCACAGCCCCGACCAGCUCCAGGUCCACAGCCCCGACCAGCCCCAGGUCCACAGCCCCGACCAGCCCCAGGUCCACAGCCCCGACCAGCCCCAGGUUCACAGCCCCGACCAGCCGCAGGUCCACAGCCCCGACCAGCCCCAGGUCCACAGCCCCGACCAGCCCCAGGUCCACAGCCCCGACCAGCCCCAGGUCCACAGCCCCGACCAGCCCCAGGUCCACAGCACCGACCAGCCGCAGGUCCACAGCCCCGACCAGCCGCAGGUCCACAGCCCCGACCAGCCCCAAGUCCACAGCCCCAACCAGCCCCAGGUCCACAGCCCCGACCAGCCCCAGGUCCACAGCCCAGACCAGCCACAAGUCCACAGCCCGAAGUCCACAGCCCCGACCAGCCCCAAGUCCACAGCCCCGACCAGCCCCAAGUCCACAGCCCCGACCAGCCCCAAGUCCACAUCCCCGACCAGCCCCAAGUCCACAGCCCCGACCAGCCCCUGGACAACAGUUGAGAAGACCCCACACCACAUCAGACCACCCCAGGAGUGACCUGUGUGCAAUCAGGGAAGGGAAGGGAGAGAGACGCUCAUGACAUGCUCAAACUCAUGAUGAUGCAGACGUGCAAAUACAAGAAGCAUGUGUCUGCUCUAAUGCCACACUCACACACAGCUAUGCAGAUGCAGACCUUGCACUAGUGAAAGUGUACUUGCUACAACAACAGGCAUGUUAGCACUGAGUGGUAUUUCUAUGUAGCCAUCAUUUCAAUUUACUCAGUGUUGUUUUCUCUACAAUACCUAGCCUACUCAUACAGGGCCUACAGGUGAAAAAGGUACUACUUUUAGACACGAAGCACUGAUUCAGUUGCCUGACGACUCACUGAAUUCUUCCACUUCUCUAUGUUCGCUACAUACUUUAGUCUGAGACUGCCAUAGUUGAAAUCAUUUGUGGUGACGUCAAAAUGAGGGGUGUUGUACAAAACAAAGUAAUCAGCGAUUUGAUAAUCUCUAACCAAUCAGAGUAUCAAA